GGCCCUCUGGACGGCAGCCCCUACGCUAAAGUCCGCAAGAAGGAGUCCAUCGAGGGCGCGGUCACUGCCAACGGCCUCCUGCCCGCCGCCACCGAACACGUCCUUCCCACGGUCGACCACGGCCUGUCGGUGAGCAGCGACUCCGGCAACUCCACGGCCUCCAUUAAGACUGACCGCACUGAUGAGCCAGCCCCGACAGCAGCAGUCCUCCAGGCAGCCCCCCCAGUGAGCCAGCCGCCAGCGGCCCAGGAAGAGACCCUGGUCUCGGGCACGGUCCUGGCCGUCCAGCCCAUCAGUCCCCAGGAGAAGCAGGAGCUGGAGCAGCUGCUCAGUGGCCUGGAGGGCCCCAUGCAUUGCCAGGGCUACCUGUCGGGCGGAGGGAUGGGGAUAGGGGGAGGGGGACUACUUCACCUGGUGCCCGCCCAAGUUCACGUGAAUGGCCACAACAGCAGCAUGGACAGAGAAACAGAUAUUCUGGAUGACGAGGUGGAACUGCCCACCAGUCAGGAGGGUAACAGCGUGGAUAGCCUGGGCACUCUGUCAUCCCUGGAAGGGAGAGCCACGCCAGCAGACCUCUAUUACCAGACUGAGACCGUUAUCAACGGGCAGGACAAGGUUCCCUAUCUGGAGAGGAGCAUCCCAGAUGGGCCCCCGGAAAAUGUUGCCUUCAAUGUCGCAAUAGGCUUACAUGAUGUGGCUGCACAGGUUCCCAUCACCUUGGUGCAAAGCCUCUGCUCAGCUCAGGAUGGGACAGGUGAGUCAGUUCCCCCGGCGAGCGAUUACAUUAUCAGCCAGAAUGGAAACCUGUAUCGCUCACAGUCAUUCGGUGCAGAGCAGAAUCCCCUCCCCCGAGCGCCAGCACGCACCACCAGCAGUCGUAACGCCGUCCAACGUGGGCUCAACGUGUGGCAGCAAUAUGGCGUCCCAGAAGAGCCGGUGAUGGACGGGGUGUAUUUUGGCUCUCCUCCUCCCUCCAUGCCUCUACAGAGCCACCACAGCAUGCCCCAGUACCCCCACCAGCAGACUGCCUCACAGCAGGAGAUUGAGCAGUCCAUUGAGGCCCUCAACCUGCUGAUGAUGGAACUGGACCCCGGCCGCCCAUUGGGGCAGGUGCCGAAGUCCCAGAGUGCCCCGGGGGAGAACAAGGUGGUGGUGACCACGCAACCGUCCUUCUCCCAGACCCAGGCAAGACCCUCCUACCAGGCUGACUCAGCUAUCUCGGGAAGCCCUGCGUCCCAGCCUAGCCCAGGUCACGCUGAGGUCCUCCCCCUUCCAGCCGUCCACGUCACCAGAGCCCUCUGCCAUCCAGAGACCAGCAGCUAUCUACCAGCCUAGUCCCCCUGUAGCCCCCGUGCCAGGCUUCCCCACUGAACCUUCCAGCCAAGGGGCAGCCAGGACCAGCUCUCCCACCCAGGUCCCCACUAGCGGGGGCCUGCUGCAGCUGAAACCCGUCAACAUGUACCCCGCCAGCACAAUGUCCCUGCCCCUGUCCCCGGAGCUCCAGGAGCCCCAACAGAGCCGCAGUGCCACCUCCUCAUCUCCCAAGCCGAGAGAUGCAGAGCCUGAUGAAGUGCUCCAUGUGGAGGGCCUGGUAGCCCAGUGUGUGGCAGGUAAGACUGCAGAGAUCAUGUGUUGUCAUUGGCAUAUAGGUGUGAUUUCAUAUACAAAGGAAACAGGAAGGUGAUACUCAAGUUGAGGACACAUUAGCGUGUUAAAAGAGAUAAACAAAAAACUGUCAUUAAUAUGUAUGAAACACUAACAGAGAACAUUACACUUUCUUUCCUUUUCACUUUUUUUUUUUUCUGCACAGAGAUGAACAGAAAACAUCUCUCGGUACAACAUGUAUCUGUAAAAACCCCAGAGUAACAUUCCCAGAGUAACCCUCAGAAUAUCCAAUGGGAGGUCAGCUUGACUUUUCCUGUCUGGAAGCUCUGUCUUCUUGAUGCACCGCGUUAGUGUUGAUAUGAGUCCUGUGAGGUCACAAUGAAGCCAUUGUACAAACAAUGCUACGGCCCAGUGCUACGGCUCUUAAUAAGACACACAUUGACAAGGGUAAACUGUCAGUGACAUAAUGUAACCAUUUUUAUGUAUUUUGUCUGGGUGGCCAACCCUUUUCCGGGAGAACAGCCCAUGUUCGGAGCAAGUUCGCUGUCUUAACCGAACACAGUUCUGCAGUGUGGAAACCUGCCGUAAAACCAACACAGACUAGUGACACGGAAACGUAUUGCUAACCUGUGAAGGGACAGCUCUGAUUCAACUGUAAGACAGAGACUGUUACAGUAAUGGAGUUGAAUAGAAUAGAAUAGAAAGCAUUAAUGCAUCUUCUUGAUUCUGAAAUGAUGAGUGUCGGUGAAACACCAUUAUGGCCAGACAGUGAUAGUAUUAUGGUGGUUUUAUACACAGGUCUAAUCAAACUUUAUUUAUAGUGCAUUCGAAAUUGCAACACACUUUACUGUAAAAUUAGGUAAAUGAAGGAGAGUAUGUUCAGUUAUCACACAGCCACUUUGUUUCUCUGGUUGGACGGCUCAAAGACACUGAUAGUAGACUUUCCUUAUGACAUCAUUUAGUUUUCAGGGUAUACAGUGAGGGGAAAAAGUAUUUGAUCCCCUGCUGAUUUUGUACGUUUGCCCACUGACAAAGAAAUGAUCAGUCUAUAAUUUUAAUGGUAGGUUUAUUUGAACAGUGAGAGACAGAAUAACAACAAAAAAAUCCAGAAAAACGCAUGUCAAAAAUGUUAUAAAUUGAUUUGCAUUUUAAUGAGGGAAAUAAGUAUUUCACCCCCUCUCAAUCAGAAAGAUUUCUGGCUCCCAGGUGUCUUUUAUACAGGUAACGAGCUGAGGUUAGGAGCACACUCAAGUGCUCCUAACCUCAGCUCGUUACCUGUAUAAAAGACACCUGUCCACAGAAGCAAUCAAUCAAUCAGAUUCCAAACUCUCCACCAUGGCCAAGACCAAAGAGCUCUCCAAGGAUGUCAGGGACAAGAUUGUAGACCUACACAAGGCUGGAAUGGGCUACAAGACCAUCGCCAAGCAGCUUGGUGAGAAGGUGAAACAGAAGAAACACAAAAGAACUGUCAAUCUCCCUCGGCCUGGGGCUCCAUGCAAGAUCUCACCUCGUGGAGUUGCAAUGAUCAUGAGAACGGUGAGGAAUCAGCCCAGAACUACACAGGAGGAUCUUGUCAAUGAUCUCAAGGCAGCUGGGACCAUAGUCACCAAGAAAACAAUUGGUAACACACUACGCCGUGAAGGACUGAAAUCCUGCAGCGCCUGCAAGGUCCCCCUGCUCAAGAAAGCACAUAUACAGGGCCAUCUGAAGUUUGCCAAUGAACAUCUGAAUGAUUCAGAGGAGAACUGGGUGAAAGUGUUGUGGUCAGAUGAGACCAAAAUCGAGCUCUUUGGCAUCAACUCAUCUCGCCAUGUUUGGAGGAGGAGGAAUGCUGCCUAUGACCCCAAGGCACCAUCCCCACCGUCAAACAUGGAGGUGGAAACAUUAUGCUUUGGGGGUGUUUUUCUGCUAAGGGAACAGGACAACUUCAUCGCAAUGGGACGAUGGACGGGGCCAUGUACCGUCAAAUCUUGGGUGAGAACCUCCUUCCCUCAGCCAGGGCAUUGAAAAUGGGUCGUGGAUGGGUAUUCCAGCAUGACAAUGACCCAAAACACACGGCCAAGGCAACAAAGGAGUGGCUCAAGAAGAAUCACAUUAUGGUCCUGGAGUGGCCUAGCCAGUCUCCAGACCUUAAUCCCAGAAAAUCUGUGGAGGGAGCUGAAGGUUCGAGUUGCCAAACGUCAGCCUCAAAACCUUAAUGACUUGGAGAAGAUCUGCAAAGAGGAGUGGAACAAAAUCCCUCCUGAAAUGUGUGCAAACCUGGUGGCCAACGACAAGAAACAUCUGACCUCUGUCAUUGCCAACAAGGGUUUUGCCACCAAGUACUAAGUCAUGUUUUGCAGAGGGGUCAAAUACUUAUUUCCCUCAUUAAAAUGCAAAUCAAUGUAUAAAACAUUUUACAUGUGUUUUUCUGGAUUUUUUUGUUGUUAUUCUUUCUCUCACUGUUCAAAUAAAACUACCAUUGAAAUUAUAGACUGAUCAUGUCUUUGUCAGUGGGCAAACGUACAAAAUCAGCAGGGGAUCAAAUACUUUUUUCCCUCACUGUACAAGCCCACUUCGUCCACAUGUACAGGCAGAUGUCCACUGAAACAUAUGUGACACGUCCACUUGUUGGUUAUAUUACUGACAGAUUCACUGAUACUCACUGAUCAUGUCAGUAAUUUUUCUCAUAGAUGUUUGACAUUUCUGUCAUAUUAUGAUUGUAAUUCUGUACGUUUUUAUUAACUAGCAAAUAACUUUUCUUUGAAUGUUUUCCUUUCUGUUGACCAUCUCUUCAUCUCUCUACCUCUCCCUCAUUCUCCCUCCUCUUCAUCAUCUUCCUCCUCCUCAUUCUUCUGCCGACUCCAAUUAUACCCCUGCUCUAACCAGAGUACUCGGCCCGAAUGCAAGGCCGACUCGCGUCUCCUCGGUCUGAGCACCGUCGCUCCCUCUCUGGUUCGUUCCCCUCCUCCACUCCUCCCCUGUCUUUCCCUGCCACUGACUCCUCUUCUAAAUGAACCUUGCUGACUGUCUUUCCAUGGCACUGACUCCUCUUCUAAACGAACCUUGCUGACUGUCUUUCCAUGGCACUGACUCCUCUUCUAAACGAACCUUGCUGACUGUCUUUCCCUGCCACUGACUCCUCUUCUAAACGAACCUUGCUGACUGUCUUUCCAUGACACUGACUCCUCUUCUAAAUUAACCUUGCUGACUGUCUUUCCAUUAAACUGACUCCUCUUCUAAACAAACCUUGCUGACUGUCUUUCCAUGACACUGCCUGCUAGUUUGCUGUUUGCAUUUGUUGCUUCCUGUUUUAUCCUUUUCUAAACAUCUCUGCCGCAACGUUUGGGCGAAGGAGAAAGCUAGCGGGCGGUGGGGGAGAGAGAGGAAGCGGCGCGAGAGGAGAGCGAGAGCGAGAGAGUACGAGAGAGCGAGAGACGAAAGAGAGAGAGAGAGAGAGAAGCGAGAGAGAAGAGAGAGAGAGAGCGAGCGAGAGAGAGAGGACAGAGAGCAGAGAGAGCGGAGGGAUCAUAGCGCGCUCAUUAAUCCUAUCUCUAGCGAUCGAGCGCUUAGAUAGUCGCAGAGAUCUAUCGAUAAUAUAUCCUCUUCUCUCUUCUCUCUAUUCUCUCUCUCCUCUCUCUCUUCUCUCUCUCUCUCUCUCUCUCUCUCUGUGUGUCUUGUCUCUCAAUACACCGUCCUUCAUCUCUGUUAGAUUUUUAUUUCUCAAGGUUAAGGCAUUGACCCAACCCCAAAAAAGCAUUUGGAUAAUGUUUAAGUUUCAGAAGAACGAGAUGAGGAAGCACAAAGGUGUCUCUGUGCAGACUCGCAGUAGAGCGCAUGUCACAAGAUACCGCCAGGGAACAAUACCCAAGGCCAGGAAACACUGGCCUCUUUCAAGGCUGCUCUUUCCAUCUUCUGUUUUUAACAUUUCCAUCGCUAGCAAAGGGCACUAAUUCUAUGGGGAAGACUGCUUUAGACUGCCUUUUUGAAAACAUUGUGAAGGCCUUAUCUGUCCAUUGGUAGAGGUAGAAUAGGAUGCACUGUUUUGUUAUUUCAGGGGCCUGGAGUGGUCUACAGAGUACUGUACGGUACUGUACUCCGCAAAGCCAGAGUAGUCCUUGGAGUACAAGGACUGUAAUGAAUGACUACAUACAUUCUAUUUACACUGAGUAUACAAAACAUUAAGAACACCUGCUCUUUCCAUGACAUAGACUGACCAGGUGAAAGCUAUGAUCCCUUAUUGAUGUUACUUGUUAAAUCCACUUCAAUCAGUAUAGAUGAAGGGGAGGAGACAUGUUAAAGAAGGAUUUUUAAGCCUUGAGACAAUUUAGACAUGGAUUGUGUAUGUAUGUCAUUCAGAGGGUGAAUGGGUAAGACAAAAGAUUUAAGUGCCUUUGUGUCAAGAACUGCAAUGCUUCUGGGUUUCCUGUGUGUAUAAAGAAUGGUCCACCACCCAAAGGACAUCCAGCCAACUUGACACAACUGUGGGAAGCGUUGGAGUCAACAUUGGCCAGCAUCCCUGUGGAACGCAUUCGACACACACUGCCCUCGACGAAUUGAGGCUGUUCUGGGGGGGGGGGGGGGGGGUUUCAGCUCAGGACUUGGAGCGUAGGUAUAGCAUGAGUAGAGCAAACAUCCCCAGUGGAGAACGUUUAGAAUGGGGUCAGACCUGGUCUACAGGAAGAAAAGCACUUUGUUUGGGUAUUUGAAUACAUACAGUACAUAGAUAUGCUUCCAAUCUAUUCAAUACAUUACUUUGAAGGGAAUUCUCCUUCAUUUUACCCCAGAUAACCCUUCCUCACUAUAACAUGACAAGAGCAUAUUCACAGAGCGGUGGAGGGAGAUGAAGAGAGCUCUAGCCCUGGCCUCAUAAAAUAGAUUAUCCCAUUUCCUAUGCCUUGGAUCCAUUUUAUUCAAUACAAUAUCUGUGUUUAUAUGGUUGAGAAACGAGGGGGGGGGGGGGGGGGGGGGAGACAAUUCCCCAAAUAUAUCCUGGGAAUCUCUUCUGUAACAGCUGGAAGCUAUUAGCCGUCGCCAGGGCAACGGCACAGUGUUUGACAGGCUCCGCUGUGCAUACUGGGCCCAUCUGUUUUGCGUGAUUCCAGGACCGUUGGGUUGUGAUGUAUCUAACAAUGCCCCUCCUCGAUCCACAAAUCAAAAUCUGAGUUCAGCCUAGACAUGUGACACUACUUAAGCCGUGCCAUUGCAGGCAAAUCAUGAAAUAAAUCGAUGGGCAUAUGAAUUGCAUGUGUGCAGGUUUUGGUGUUUUAGGCCUACACUUAGAUCUUAUCAUGGUACUGUUUAGGUAUGCAGCAAAUUGUGUUCCAACAAAAUACAAUUAAGCCUUGUUCACACUGCACGCCUUAAUGGUCAAAUCAGUUUGGUUUUUCAAAUCCAUUUCGGAACACUGACUGUCCAAACAGCAAGUUAAAAGUGACCAAAUAGGAUUUUUUGUGUGUUCAGACAGCAGUCAUUUGCUGACAUGGCUACGCUAGUUGUUAUAGUAACAACGGGUGUGUGUGCAGUGGUGUAGGCUGAUUGGUGGUGGAGCUCCUGCUUCCUGUCACUCAGAAGUUAUGUAGCAAGCUAAAAUGACGACAAUGUCUGCCAUGGACGUUUACCAGUUGCUUUGAAUGUUCAAAAUCAUAGUGCAGGAACACUUUUAAAGCCUCAAAGGAUAAGAUUAUCCAACUUUUUAGAGCUUUCUAGCACAUUCACUAAUUUGUUUGUAAACAACCUAGUUACUUACUACAUGUUCUUGACAAACUGUCAAAAGAGUAGCUAGCAAGAGACAAGAUAUGCCGAAUAACAGUCUAAAAACCACUUGUGGGCAAAUACAUCAGAUUUGACCAUACAGACACAAGUCGGAUGGCCAUAAAUCAGAUUUGUAUCUGAUUUUCAAAUCACUUACAAAGGUGAUUUGAAAUGUGGAUUUUGGGCUAUUCAGACUGCAGCAAAAAUAACAGAUUUGAAUCAGAUAUGCAAAAAUAUAAGAUUUAGUCACUUCAAACUGCCAAUGUGCAAAAAUAUAAGAUGUAUGUGAAGAUGUACACUAUAAGAUGUACACUAUAUUUCUGUUGAUGUGUAUACAGUGUUGUGCACUAGACAGACAGAAAGUUAGUUUGCCUCUUAGAAGACCGCUAUCCUUUGAUAUCACUUUUCUCCCUCCAAAAACCCCUGUGUAGCUUUUGUCAUUCAGUUUAAGGUUGUGUAAUAGGAGAUGUUUCCUCAGAGUCAUGAAUAUGAUUUGGGGUACCCAAACACAUAAGGAAUGUCUGACUCUUAUGUGACCAAAGAGGCCAGAUCUAUUCUGACAGUAACUAUAAGCCUCUUAGUUUCCCACAGCUGCAGGCUAAUGCUAUCGCUAACUCUCCCCCUGUGGAUAUAUCGGCUGGCUUAUCCAGCCAGAGGCUGAGCUAGGGCUCGUAAAUAUUUUUUUCACGGUUUCCAUAACAGUCGACUCUCGCACUAGGGUGUGUUUGCAUGCUUUUCCAUCUUUGGGAGGGUAUGUCAGAACUUCAAGCCAGGAGAAUCCAUGAAUCAGAUGGAUAGUUUGUUUGCAGACAGUCAGUGCUAGCUACAGAGUACAUUGCGUAAAACCUGGACGAAAAAGCAAUGGAGGUGUUUAUGCGCAAUUUUCCAAUGACUCACAAAGAGAAUAAUCUUUACCCUAAACUUAAAGAACCCAGGGAAACGUUUAACAUAUCUUUAGGAAAAGCUGGAUUUGAUACAAAACAUACAAUGCGUGGCAUGCUUACGUUAACCUAACGUCUCUGGCAACGAAUGAACAAAAACAAGUUUUCUCUAAAAGUUCCCUACAAAAACAUUCCCUCCACAUAUUGUGUCUGUUUAGAUUUUCCCCCUCCCUUUUCCUUUCCAAACUGCACAUAGCCCUGCAAAGCCGGCUGUUCGCUUCCCAUAGUCACAACCUGUUUUCAGCAAAACCAACUCCAGUACCCCACCCGACCAUGCAGUAACUAACACAUUAGGAUAACGCUCUUACAGAAAUCCUGUUUGUUUUACACUGGCAGCUCUCUCCUUCCCUCCAAACCCACCCACUGAAAUUAGCUUACUGGACCCUUUGAGGUUCAUCCAAAACGUUAGCUACUGCCACAGACCAUUACCCAGAUAACAAGAAUUACAAAUUUAGACUGUUUCACUGAUGUACCAGCGAAUUCCUGAUAAUCUUGUGGCUUUCAAGGAGAACAUUGAUCCAUACUGUUCCCCACUGAACAACCCAGAGCUCUUAUAAGCAGAUCAAUUGAUACACACUGUUUCCCACUGAACAACCCAGAGCUCUUAUAAGCAGUGCCUGAUUGUAGUGAGAAAAGUUCUGAUCCGAGUGUUCAACAUCAAGUAGCAUUUUGAAAGGUCAGCUUUGCCGUUUCUAACCGCUUACUUGGUAACUGUGUCCUUAUUAUGUUGCUCCUGUGGAUUAAUGGCUGUGCGAAACGUUGCUGCUUUGCAGUGAAGAGCUGCAUUAUCAAGAGCAUGAUAAUGAUAUGUGUGUUUGCAAAGAUUUUUUAUUUUUUUUACAAACCACUUGUGUGCAAUGUGAGCGAGUUGUGAUCAAAUGUGACCCCCCUGAAUGAUCUUGGCAGGUGUCCAGUCCUGUGGGACGUCAUUGGACGAGGCAUCGGCCCCGCCCCAUCACCGCACCGCCAGCGAGGGACAAUGCAUCAAUGGCCACAACGAAAGCUCCUCCUACGAACCCCCGGUCCGCUCCCCUAUUCGUUGCGUCUCACCGGAGUUCGUCAACACCAUAGCGCUGAAUCCCGGGGGGCGGCCCAAGGAGGUAGAAUGCUCCGCCCCUAGCCCUAAACUUCUCUAGUGUGUCUCAUUAUUAUAUAUUAUAGGGUUGUGAUGACCAUAAUGAAUACUAAUAUAUGUGUGUAUCUGUGUGCAUCUCCAUGUUUUCCCUCCCUCCAGAGACACAUCCACAGCUACAGAGAGGCCUUUGAGGAGUUGGAUGGAGGCCCAGUCAGCCCCACGCCCACUAUUGGUGGUGAGGUGUUCCCCCAAACCCCUGCCUUCCCUGUCUCGCCGCAAACCCCUUACUUCAACCUGUGUAAGUCUCCCCUCUGGCUGGCUGAUGGCGCUGUGGAACUCAGGGAUUUUACCAUAGAGAAUAUUUAAAGACGUUCAGCGUUUACCAUAGUGAACAUCUAAAGAAAUGUCUUACAGAAAGAAGUAGCAUUAAAUCUAAAGUCUAACUGUAUAGGCUAUUAUAGUACAUCAUGAGAAUGACAUGUUGCAUUCAGGUAUGUACAGGUUCACAAUGUAGAAACUAUACAACUGAUAUUAUGAUAAAUAACUUCAGGGUGGAAUUAGUCUAGCUUUGUCUGGUUGGUUUUAAUUCUUCUAUCAUAAAAAUGUUCCUCUUCAUCUCAAAAAAGAAUAGACUGCCUCUCCCAUUCCCCCAGCAUUCAACCCUGUUUAGAUGUAGGGCUAAUUAACUACAUUUCCCACAUGACAAAAUCUAUUUCAAACCCAUUCAGACAGAUUUGAGUAGGCAGUGAAGGCAGGAUAAAUCCUAAUAAGGCCACAGAGACCACACGGUCUGAGAUGCCACACGGUCUGAGAGGCCACACGGUCUGGGAGGCCACACGGUCUGGGAGGCCACACGGUCUGGGAUGCCACACGGUCUGAGAGGCCACACGGUCUGAGAUGCCACACGGUCUGAGAUGCCACACGGUCUGAGAUGCCACACGGUCUGAGAGGCCACACGGUCUGAGAUGCCACACGGUCUGAGAUGCCACACGGUCUGAGAGGCCACACGGUCUGAGUGGCCACACGGUCUGAGAGGCCACACGGUCUGAGAGGCCACACGGUCUGAGAGGCCACACGGUCUGAGAGGCCACACGGUCUGAGAGGCCACACGGUCUGAGAGGCCACACUGUCUGAGAGGCCACACUGUUUGCCAUUGUCUCCCGAGUGGCGCAGUGGUCUAAGGCACUGCAUUGCAGUGCUAGCUGUGCCACUAGAGAUCCUGGUUAGAAUCCAGGCUCUGUCGUAGCAGGCCGCGACCGGGAGACCCAUGGGGCGGCGCACAAUUGGCUCAGCGUCGUCCAGGGUAGGGGAGGGAAUGACCGGCAGGGAUGUAGCUCAGUUGGUAGAGCAUGGCGUUUGCAACGCUAGGGUUGUGGGUUCGAUUCCCAUGGGGGGCCAGUAUAAAAAAUGAUGUAUGCACUCACUAACUGUAAGUCGCUCUGGAUAAGAGCGUCUGCUAAAUGACUAAAAUGUAAUGUAAAUGUCUCGGCUCAUAGAAAAGCCUGAGUCAUCCUAUCAGACAGAAUCCCACCUCUCCUGCCUUCUAGGCAGUAAUUCAGUGGGCUUAGAAAUAUGCUGCCAUCCACAGAUCAACAUAUCCUGGGAUUCCACCAGUCUUCAAUAUGAAAGAUAGGCACCGUCUAAUUUCUUGAUUUUAUUCUGUGCCUGACUUUUCAUUUGGGUUAAGGCAAUGAGCUGGAUCUAGACACAAUAGCCUGAGUUGUGGAUUUAUCUUGGCAUUCGACUACUUUUGAGGUCAGGAAACGUUUCACUGUGAUGAUUAUGGAGUGAACUGUCCCUUUAAAUACCAUGUCAGUGACCAGCUCUACCAGUUACCUCAUCUCCCCCUGGGCAAAGCCCUAAAAACGCCUCGUAAAAACCCUAUAGCCUUUUUACUGCCCUUAAAGGUGUUACCCCCCCCCCCCCCCACAACCUUCCAUGCAAAGCAGGAACGCAAUGUGCACAGCCAUUGAGUACUUAUUUUUCCUAGCUAAACCAUGAAGAUGUAUGAUAUCUCUUUCAAUGUAAGAAGAUUCAAGUCAAGUAUGCAUCCACUUAAAUGCAUCUACUAGUAGUAUGCUUUUACACAAGUAUACAUCCCACAUUCAAUAUGAUUACGGGUCCGGAAAGCUGAUGUUGGACCAGUGAUUAGGGCUACCCUGAUCCCUAUCACCGGCACAUCCACGGCCCCCUCUCACCUCUAGACCUUUAGAGCGUCCCCCCACCAAUACCCAUUUUCCCAACACGACCCACCAAAAGGUAGGGAAUUUAAAGUUGCCAUACAGAACAAAGAAUUGAUUGGGAUUAUUUGGUAAGUGGAGGAUGAUGCACGUCCCUAGUCCCACUGUUGACGGUGUCGACCAUCUUGGUCGAGGCUAAGUGACCCUGGAGUGACCACCAGCUCUCCCCUUCUGCCUAUCAUAGCCUCCCGCACUGCUUUACCCAGCAUGCCGCUGGAGAGCAGUACCUCUUAAGACAAAGGAGCCCCUUCUGGACUUGAGGUCCACACCACAUUAAGGAAACAUACACUUAUUCACUAACACUCAUUCACUCACUCACACACACACACGAACACAGACACGCACACACACAUAUGCACACACACACACACACACACACACACGAACACAGACACACACACGCACACACAUAUGCACACACACGCACACACACACACAAAUAUUUUCUAAAUAACUCAACCUCACUGUCCUAAGGGUACUGGUGCUCCAUUUGACUGUUGUCAUAUAUGUAUUCCUUUUGCCAUCAUUUUGGUAGGCAGCAACUUUUCCCCCAGCAGCCUUAUCUUGUCUUAUCUUGUCUUAUCUUGUCUUAUCUUGUCUUUUCAUACAUACUGCAUGUCAGUGAGUCACUGUUGUUCUUUUUUGUAUCCGUGUUGUCGCUCUUCAGAGCCGCUGUGCAUUUGUGUGCAUGGCACACCUUUACUCACAUCCUGCCUUGUGUGUGGUGACAGUGUCACUCAGAGGUGAUAGGUCACACUGUGAUAGGUGACCUGCAUGGCCCUCCCAUAGAGCAUGAGGCAUGGGCACAACCCUCACACCUCUAGCUGUGUCCGUCAUGAUAUCACCGAUGUUGUUGUGUGUCACCGUGUCACAUUUCGUUGUUGUGAUGUCUUGACAGCUCAUCACCUGUACGCACCAUAUGUAAACACACACAUUGGGUUUCCUGGGCCCAGAUUAAGCCUAGUCCUGGAGUAGAAAUAACUUUCAAAAGAUGUUCUCCAUUGAGCAUGCUUUUUAUUCCAAGACUAGGGUUAUUCUGGGUCCGAGAAACCAGUCCUUUAUGUUCCUAUUUAAGAGGCGUAUGAUGAGCUCAUAGAACACGUUCAGCAAUGAGCAACCUGUCUUGGAAUUCAGGAUUCUAACAGUUUAAUAAAUGUAGGCUGCAUACCUUACAUAGACACAAACCAGCAAACACACCCCACACACACACCCCCCCCCCCCCACACACACACACACACACACACACAGAGGUACAACACGAAAAGCACAGGUGUUUACUGUCAAGACUGUUGUAAUGAAGCAUGCUAAAUGCUAAGUUAUGCUAAGUCAUGUUGCUAAAGUAUGUUAUGUUUUUUUUUCCUCCUAGGCCAAGCUCGUUCCCCUCCAGGUCUGAUGAAGACCCCUCUCUCUGCCUUGGGCCUCAAACCCCACAACCCAGCCGAGAUCCACCUCAACCAGAGUGGCUCAGGUGAGUUAGCACCAUUUAUUCUAUUAGCAUAGAAUUGCUCCAUUCAUAGGGUUGAAGAGCCUGUUAGAGCCUGCAUAGCAUUGUGCUACUUACAUAGCAUAGUGCUAACAUGUAAGCAUAGCAUCUGUUAGCAUAGUGCUAGACCCUUGAGGCCUCACCAAUGUUAGCAUAGUGAACUAGCUUUAGUUUGAGAUACUAGUAGCAUGUGUAGCAACAGGUCAUUGAGCCUGUCUACUGUUUACCCCUUAAACUAUAACUACACCCCCCUUCGCUGUAUAAUCCACCUCUUCAUUUUGGUUGUACAAGCCCUCCUUCUCGGUUAAACUACUCAACGGUAAAUUGAACAGUGUUUAUGUCUCAUAUGUGGUGAUAUUGUGGUUGAUUUUAGUGACCUAGGAAUGUGUACGAAAGCUUGAUUUAUGGUCCACCUUCGCAUGUUAAUCCAGUCUUUUGAAUCCCAUAUUUACACAGCCGACAGGCUAAAUGCGAGAGAGACCCCAGAAAUAUAAUUGUAACCUCUUUUUCAUCCUCUCCUCUUGGCCUUUAUGUUUGUCUAGUAGGGGCUGGAGCAAUACGAUAUCCUUACUGGGAGGGGUGUUUGACUUGGCUCACGAGAUGCGGACCCCUCUGCUUUGUUGUUCCUUCUGCGCUGACUGUUUCCAACAUUUUGGUCAUUUUAGCAGACGCUCUUGUCCAGAGCGACUUACAGGAGCAAUCAGGGUUAAAUGCCUUGCUCAAGGGCACAUUUCACUGUUAGUCUACACCUGUUAUUUACCACGUGACAAAUAAAAUGUGAUCAACCAGUUCUUCUCCCUUUACUUUCUCUUCUCAUCCUCUGCCUCCCUUCUCAUUCCUUUCUUCCCUCUCUUUCUCUCGCUCUUCUUGUUCUUGACUCUUUCCUUCACUUCACGUCGCCUCAGACACUGAGAGCAGUAAGAGUGAGGAAGUUAAGAACAUCGCCUGAUCAUCAAUCAGAACUCCCCAGAGAGCAUCCUUGUCAUAAACCUCUUAUUUUUUCUCACUCUUUUUUUUCUGGACACUUCUCAUCUCCCAUCCAACUUUCAUCCACCCAUCUCAGGUGUUACUUCACAAUUGAGACUUCACAAUGAUGCACUUUUUCUCCAUUUCUUUCUGUUCAGUGUUGUGUUUGCUGUUGUCACCACACCUCUUGUUCCAUUCAGUCACUGUAUGUGCCAUGGGGUAAUUAUUGUGGGUUCUCCAGAAGAGAACAGAACAGCAACGGAACACAAAUAGUUUCUAGAUUUUUCUAGUCUUUGCGAUGCAACGUUAUGUGGGUUUGAGAGCUAGCAGACCGUGCUCUUGAUAGGUUCUUGUAAACAUCAUUGGCCUGUCGAGGGGGCAAUAAAACAUGUAUUUCAUUAUGUACAAGCAGGUCUGGUGACAUGCUCCUGAUGGGGUAACAGUGAAUAUGAUGCAGAAUGGACUCAGUCAGGUUGAUUGGCUGCAGCGGGUGACUCUGAUGAUGAAUUCAGUGAAUGAAGAAUAAUAGAAUGAGUCUGAAGCCCAUUGUUGCCUCUCAGGGUCUCUGGACUGCUAAACUCUAGUUCCAUUCAUAGGAGUUUAAAGAUUGUUUACCCAAAGUACAGGAUGACUUGAUUUCCAAACAACUCACUAAUACUGAAUUCAGUAGGUGAGAAAACAAAGAAUGUUUGAAAUGUAAAAGGAAAAUGAUGGCAUGUUUACAAGGUGUUUACAAGGACACCUACUGUCACUGUUUAGGGGGGAAAGCCUUCCUGUGAAGCCAGCAUCAUCAUCUUCACACAGUACUGUACACACUGUAAUGAAAUCAGCCUUAAUGGCCAACUAUGUAUCUCUUCAGAGCCACUGAGCUAUGUGGAGUCAGUGGCCAGAUCGGCUGUGGCUGGCGGGGGACCAGCAGGAUCACCCGUGACCCUCACCUCCACAGGAGAGACCUUGGCUAGGCAGAUGACCCCGGACCCCUCCCCAACCCUCAACCCCCUACUGUCUAGCAGCAGCCCCAUCCACAGAUCAGAGGGGUGAGUACGAAGCAAACAACAUUAAACAUACACUGGUUACAUUACAUGAUAUUGGUAAGGAACCAGUGUUCCUGAAAUAUACUACAUGUUUACAGAUAGUAAGGGACCCAUAGGUGUUAAUACAGCAUUUAGGUAAUUCUACUGUAGGCGUCUUUCUAAACACGGUGUUUUCAGAAAUGUCGUCCCCCCCUCCUCUCGCUCCCUCAGAGAACACCCCUUGGCUGACAGCAGUGUGAGCAUCCCCUCGCAAGCGGCCAUUGAUUCCGGCUUACGCUCCUUUCCUUCCGAGGGCGCGUAUCCCAUCCCCUUCCCCACCCCUACCCCCAUUGCCACUCCCACCCCAUACCUCCAGGCCCUGGGAACCCCCACCUCCUCCUACCGGAGCUCCAACUCCCCCAGCCUGUCCUACCUGUGUUCCCCCACCACCACACCCUCCUACCUGGGUCCCAGUGGCCCCAUGGGGAGCUACUUCUCCCCGGACCCCAGCCCCCCCCAGCCCCAGCCGGAGGUAUCCGCCCGGGAAAGCCUUGUGGCCGUCCGUCCCUCGUCAGUAUCAGGAAGUCUCCACACACUGCAUCGUGACCCCAACACCUCAUCCAACAUCCCCUCCCUCCAACAUCGGCACCAGCCCACCAAUCAGUGCAAUCCUGUCAUGGGCCACCAGCCCUCUCCAGCCAAUGGCAUUGUGGAGUUUGGGAUCCCUGGGAUAGUAAUGACAGGAAGUCCCGUGUUGGGCCGCCACCACUAUAACCCAUGUGUGUCCCAGGGGACACAAUCCAGCCCAGUGCUGAGCCGACAACCGUCUCUGACGCAGGCCUCCCAGGACAGCCCCGUGCUCAGCCGCCAGCCCUCCCUCACUUACAGCCAACCCAUCCAGACCAGUGUCCAGAGAAGUCCGGUGCUGAGCCGACAGCCAUCCCUCACCCACCAGCAGGGCAGGGGUAGUAGUCCGGUACUGGGCCGACACCCGUCCCUCGGCCAGAUGUCACAACGCAGUCCGAGUCUGGACCGACACCCAAUGCUGCAUAGUAGUGGCUACACCACCCCGGACGAGAGACACGGAACCCUGUCCCGUCAGAGCAGCUCCUCUGGGUACCACCCGCCCUCCACGCCCUCCUUCCCCGUCUUCCCCGCGGGCUACCUGGACGGGGGGAUGGUGGGGGUAAGGCAGGGCAGUCCGGACCCCCAGGCACAGGCUCAGCCCCAGCUUCCGGAGAAGAGGCGCAUGUCGAGCGGGGAGAGGCCCAACGGGGGGCUCUCGUACGGGACGCUGAAUGGGAAAGUGUCCUCCCCCAUGUCGAGUGGAGGCAGCACACCCAGCACUAGCUACUUUCAUACACUGCCGGACUUCUCCAAGUUUAACAUGACUGGUAAGACCACCUUGAAAACACUCUUAAAACGUAGCUACUGACGCAGUAAAGAGCAUCCCCAACUAGCACGGACAUCCCUAGCAAACAGGAAGUAAAGAUCAGUGUAUUUUCAAGGACUAUGUUUUUUUUUAAAUGGGUAAUUAACAUGAAACUCAUCAACUAUAUUUUUAGGGAUAACUUUUGAUAUGUGUUUAGCCACAAUUGAGGUUUUUCUACAAAUAAGAUCUUUGUGAAAAUUGUUACCCAAUGCAUACCUGAACUAUGAUUACACUAGUACCUAACUACAUAACUACAAUGUAAAUCCAUUUGUUUUCCUACACUAGUUUUUCAGUGAAACCAGAUGAAGUGAUUAGUUCUAGUAAAGUAUAGUGAGGUAACGUGAAUGCGGUCAUACUCCAGUGGUUUUAGCUGAGCAGGAGCUCAGUUGGACUUACUUCUGUCUGUAAACACAUUGCAGAGCAGAUAAGUGAAUUAAUGUACUCUGAGGCAGCCCAGCCAGGCCCAGAUGCUAGGCUGAGAUAGAACUGGCAUCCGGCCCAGAGCCUUGGUUGGCAGCCAUUUUUGCGUCUGCAGCGGUUUUUCAAAGCUCCAUUCCAUCUUAUACUGAGUAUACUGACAGCAGAGUCCAGCAAGUACUUAUAUGGUCGCAGAUACAGAUACUGGCUUGUUUGCGAGGGUUGGCGCUAGGAGGUAACUCGCUAAUAGCGCAUAUUCACUAAUCUCUACACAAUAAGGAGCUGUUAAUGUUGUUUGGAAGUCCAGUUGAUUUCUAGAUCGGAGGGUCUUGGUCAGGAUGAUCCUCAUGAAGCAUCACUGCUGCUGUCUUGUUCCAGGUCUCUCUUGAAAAAUAGAUGUUUAUCUCAACAAGACUAACCUGGUUAAAUAAAGGUUAAAUCAAUCAAUCACAGAGCCCCAAGACUCAAUUCAAUGUAAUGUGACAUGCAGCAUUCACGCAGUAUCAUAUAAACAUGCCCUUUUUAACAUGGUCAAAUCAAAUGACCUAAUGGUUUUGGUUACUGUGGAAAUGCCAGGUAAAUCUACAUGUCAUGGUUUCAACACUACUUCUAAUUCCUUCUCCUAGACGGGAGUCCAGAGACCAGGCUAAAUGUAAAGUUUGUUCAGGAUACGUCCAAGUUCUGGUACAAGCCUAACAUCUCCCGUGAACAAGGUGAGUGAGACUGUUGUCAUAGGGGGAAGAGAUUAAACGUAACACUAGUUAUCUUAUCCCACUAGUUGUUCCUCUAGCUAGCAUAAGGCCUAUCUAAGGUAAAAUGUGGCCGAGAAUGUUCUUUAUUUAGUAACCGUGAGAAAGUCAGGAUGUGUGUUUGUUGUAAACCCUGUUGGAUCCACCUGAAACAUCAUCCCCGACACACACAUGUCCUAAUUGACCAUGUUCUGUUGUGUUGUGUUGUUUUCUGUUGUGUUCUGUUGUGUUGUGUUGUGUUCUGUUGUGUUCUGUUGUGUUCUGUUGUGUUCUGUUGUGUUGUGUUCUGUUCUGUUAUGUUCUGUUGUGUUCUGUUGUGUUCUGUUAUGUUAUGUUCUGUUGUGUUCUGUUGUGUUCUGUUAUGUUCUGUUGUGUUCUGUUGUGUUCUGUUAUGUUCUGUUAUGUUCUGUUGUGUUCUGUUGUGUUCUGUUCUGUUCUGUUCUGUUCUGUUGUGUUCUGUUAUGUUCUGUUGUGUUCUGUUGUGUUGUGUUGUGUUGUGUUCUGUUGUGUUCUGUUGUGUUGUGUUGUGUUCUGUUGUGUUCUGUUGUGUUCUGUUCUGCUGUGAGGUCACUGUGUGGUCACUGUGAGGUCACUGCUGUUGGCCCCCACAUCUGCUUCUACUCUCUCUCUUAUUGGAUUACAUCAUUUGGGUUUAAACACAAGCACAUGCUCUGCUGCGAUGACAUCACACACGCGGACACACAUUCAGACACACUCACAAACACACACCAUAUGUACUCCAUUAAGACAAGUGGCCAGGGAACAUCUGCAUGUGAUGUAGCUAUAUCUGUCUUACUUAAAGUCUUUAAAAUGUCAUAUUUGGACACAUAGGGAUAUAUAGAAUUGCAUGUUACAGAUGCAUUACAUUUUAUUUUGUUGAACAGACAACAGAUCACUGCUCUCCCCUGUACUUACAUUGAAAUAUGGGAUCACAAAAGGUCCUCCUCUCCAAGGAAAGUUUCAGACUCCCCCUCCCCUCCUUCCUCCUCUCCUCCUUCCCCCUCUCCUCCUUCCUCCUCUCCUCCUUCCCCCUCUCCUCCUUCCCCUCGUCCUCUUCCCUCCUCCUUCCUGCUCUCCCUUCCCCCUCUCCUCCUUCCUCCUCCCUCCUUCCUUCCUCUCUCCUUCCCCUCUCCUACCUUCCCCCUCUCCAUCCCUCCCCCUCUCCUCCUUCCCCCUCUCCUCCUCUCCUCUCUCCUUCUCCCUCUCCUCCCCUCUCCUCCUCUCCCUCCUCGUUCCCCCUCUCCUCCUUCUCCCUCUCCUCCUUCUCCCUCCUCUCCUCCUUCCUCCCCUCUCCUCCUUCUCCUUCUCCCUCUCCUCCUUCCCCUCUCCUCCUUCUCCUUCUCCUCCUUCCCCCCUCCUCCUUCUCCCUCUCCUCCUUCUCCCCCCUCUCCUCCUACCCCCUCCUCCUUCUCCCUAUCCUCCUUCUCCUUCCCCCUCUUCCCCUUCCCCCUCCUCCUUCUCACUCUCCUCCUUCCCGCUCUCCUCCUUCCCCCUCCUCAUCUUCCAUGUCUUCCUACAUAUUCUUCGCUUUCUCCUCUCCUCCUUCUUACUUACCCCUGAGUGGAUACAUGAAGUGGUACUGUAUUGAAUCAUGUGUUAUUGUGUAUUGCAGCCAUCGGCCUGCUGAGAGAGAGGGAGCCAGGGGCCUUUGUCAUCCGUGACAGUCACUCCUUCCGAGGGGCCUAUGGCCUGGCCAUGAAGGUGGCCUCUCCUCCUCUUACUGCACAGCAGUCCAAGAAAGGUACUGGAUCACCAACUGGGCUCCAUCUUCCAUAUAGUGGUUAAUAAUAUAACAUCAUACUGUCCCUGUAACUGAUGGUGGAGAACACUCCCUAGAAGAGAAGAGCUAGCUCCUAAGGGCUGGGAGUGGAUUGGAAUGUAUCCUACACACACAAACACACACACACACACACACACACACACACACACACACACACACACACACAACACACACACACACACACACACACACACACACACACACACACACACACACAACACACACACACACACACACACACACAAACACACACACACACACACAAAGGGGGGAGAAUGUUCUAUGUAAACACAGUUUAUUUAUCUGCCAAGAGGCCAGUUUUAAAUAGCCACUUAGAUCAUCCUAGAACAUUCCAUUAACCAUCAUAUUUUAGUGUCCGGUUUGGCCUGUUGUCGGGCUGGGUAAAGAAAUAAAUCCUUACUAAUAACUACACUAUAUAAUACUUCCCCAUAUGAGGUGAUGUCUACAUACCACUAAUAACGGUCUCUCUGCGUUGUUGUUCACCGCUGUAUUGUUUGUCCUCUGGGGGCCCCUGUAGCUGGUGACAUCACUAACGAGCUGGUGAGGCACUUCCUGAUUGAGACGAGUCCUAAGGGAGUGAAGCUGAAAGGAUGUCCCAACGAACCUUACUUUGGUGAGUCACUUUUAACCCCCCACACACACACAUAUGCACACGCACACAAGGGGAGGCAAGGAGAGCAUUGAAGGAGGAGAUCCUCCCUCUGACGUUUUGAGAGGGAAGUGAGGAGAGGAUGGGCGGAGUCAAGAAAGGACUUUAGAGAUGAUAUAAUCUUUCUUUCAGACCUAUCAGAACCCUUCUUUCUGACAACAGCAUGGCAUGUUUCUCAGAUACAGUAACGGGGGACGAGUCAACUCCAGACAUGAGUUUCAUGAUGUGGUUGUGGUGACUGACUCUUGGCUGUAUUGGUCUGAUGACUGAUCCCCUCUCAGAGCUCUCCCUGUCCCGAUCUUUGAAAGAGCAUCCGUUCUCCCAUCCCAUCACGUUUAAUCCUAAUUAUAGGAUGGGAUCAGUCAAAGUCGUUUAGUACGGUUCAAAUGCUCCCCCCUCUAAUUUCAUCCACAGACCGCAUUACAUGUGUGUGUGUGUGUGUGAGAUGAACAGUGUGUGUGUGUGUGUGUGAGACGAGCAGUGUGUGUGUAUGCACGUGUAGGUGUUUAGCAAAAGAUCCUCCGGGUGCCAAAGUAUGAUCAAAAAUAGGAUGUUUCCAGAGGGCUGUGUCUUACGUCAGCUCCAUCCGGCUACAGGAGCCAAUGCGUUAGAUCAUGCGUUAGUUGCUGUACAAAGGUUAUGGUCUGCAACGUUCUGAGAAGGUGCAGGGGAGUCUGGCUUUAGCCUAGCUAGCUCCAGGCGUGGGUUCAAAUACUACUUGAAACCUUUCAAAUACUUUUGCAUUUGCUUUAGCCUGCCUGGAAUGCCAGACUGGUAUGCUUUAAAGUAUUUACAAGGAUUUCAAAUAGUAUUUGAACCCAGGUCUGGUAGCUAGCUCCCUUCCCUCCCACAUUAUAACUGUUGUUAAAUGAAGGUCGUUUUUUGUAGCACUUUUCUCCUCAAGCCGGUCCAAGUGUCAAAUCUCGAUUUGAAAUUCACUACUCGACUGAGGGACCUUACAGAUAAUUGUAUGUGUGGGGUACAGAGAUGAGGUAGUCAUUCAAAAAGCAUGUUAAACACUAUUAUUGCACACAGAGUGAGUCCAUGCAACUUAUUAUGUCACUUGUUAAAGAAAUUUGUACUCCUGAAUGUAUUUAGGCUUGCGUUAUGGCAAAGGGGUUGAAUGCGUAUUAAAUCAAGACAUUUCAGCGUUUCGUUUUUUAUUAAUUUCUAAAAACAUAAUUCCACUUUGUGUCUAGAUCAGGGGCACAAAAUCUUAAUUUAAUCCAUUUUAAAUUCAGGCUGUAACACAACAAAAUGUGGAAAAAACCAAGGGGUGUGAAUACUUUCUGAAGACACCGUAUGCACGUAUCAGUCUCUUCUUGCUGGGAACCACAGGGAGAUGGCUACUGGCCCAAGCACACAGUUAGAGUUAACUGAACCAGUCAGACAGCAUCAGUUUAUAAAUGGGCUUCUUGAAGAAACCUUAUCCCCGAAACUAGACUUAAUGAAUGAUGUUCUAAAGGGAGGGAUGGAAGUUGAAUUGAGACGCUGGGUGUGUGUGGGUAGUAGGGUAUAGGGUGUGUGUGAGUAUGGUAGGGUAUGGGGUGUGUGUGAGUAUGGUAUGGGGUGUUAGUGUGGGUAUGGUAUGGGGAGUCUGGUUGGGGUGGUGUGGCUGUUUUAUGGGGUGUGUGUUGGUUGGUAUAGUGUGUCUGGGGUGGUGUGGUCUGGGUGUGUGUGGAGGUCUGGGUGAUUUGGUGUUGGGUGAGUGUGGUUCCUUGGGGUUGUGGGUAUGGGGUGAGUGUGGUAUGUGGUCUGGGGGUGCGUUGUGUAUGUUCUGGCUGCUGUGGGUCUGGUCUGGGGGCGUGUGGGUCUGGGGGAGUGUGGUUGGGUGACGUGUGGUAUGGGGUGCUUGUGUCUGGUCUGGGAGCGUGUGGGUAUGCUGGGCGGGGGGGGUCUGGGGGGCGUGUGGGUCUGGGGGCGUGUGGGUUGGGCUGGUGUGGGUAUGGGCUGGUGUGGGUUGGUUGGGGGGCGUGUGGGUCUGGGGGGCGUGUGGGUAUGGGCUGGUGUGGGUCUGGUCUGGGGGGCGUGUGGGUCUGGGGGGGUGUGGGUCUGGGGUGCUGUGGGUCUGGGGGGGUGUGGGUCUGGUAUGGGGUGCGUGUGGGUCUGGGGUGCGUGUGGGUCUGGUCUGGGGGCGUGUGGGUUGGUCUGGGGGGCGUGUGGGUCUGGGGUGCGUGUGGUCUGGGCUGGUGGUGGGUCUGGUCUGGGGUGGUGUGGGUCUGGUCUGGGGGAGUGUGGGUUGGUAUCGGGGGGUGUGGGUAUGGGUGUGUGUGGUAUGGUAUGGGGGAGUGUGGGUAUGGUAUCGGGGGAGUGUGGGUAUGGGUGUGUGUGAGUAUGGUAUGGGGGGAGUGUGGGUAUGGUAUGGGGGGAGUGUGGGUAUGGUAUGGGGGGAGUGUGGGUCCAGGGUGUGUGAUCCACAUGACUUGAUGAGGAUAUGUAAUCUUUAUAGAAUUGUUGUCCUGUUGGCACAACUAAUACUAAUCUCUCUUUGUGUGUGUGUGUGUGUGUGUGUGUGUGUGUGUGUGUGUGUUCGUGUAGGUUGUCUGUCCGCUCUGGUGUACCAGCAUGCCAUGACUCCACAGGCUCUCCCCUGUAAACUGGUCAUCCCUACCAGAGGUGAGGCCAGGAGUGCGUCUGCACCUGUGUGUGUGUGUGUGUGUGUGUGUGUCUGCGUGUUUGUGUAAUUUUGAAUGGAUACAUACAAUUUGGGGUGGGGAAUUUCUUCUGAAUCAUCUCCUGCUGUGUUUCAGAUCUCCACCAGGAUGUCCCAGAUAUCGCCACGCCAACCAACCCGGCUGACAACCUCCUCAAGCAAGGAGCAGGUUAGAGGCAGCAUAUCAUUGUGUUGACCAUUGGGUUUGGUUGAGCACUUUUCUAUGUAAUGGAAAGGUCAUCUAAAUGACUUUUGUUAGUUUGUUAGUUUGUUGUGACGUACUCUAAACCAUUCCACUGUUCUCCCCACACUGGUGAUGUCACCUCCGUGUCACUAUAGGGCAGAGAGCCCCUGCUGACUCCCAUGGUAAAUCAUGUGUCCUUUCAUUUUAGUUUUCCUUCCUGUUAUGAGACUGUUGGUCCCUGACUGCUGCAUUCUGACCCAGAUCCCUGACGUCUGCCUGAGAAGUCUCUGUGUUUGUCUCUUCCUCCAUCUAAUAGACAACAACAAUGCUAACAAUGCCUGAAAUGUUUUCUGUCCAAUGACUGAAUGGUUUUGACCCCUGAGAGUCUUUUCUCCCAUGCAGCCUUGUCCCAGAAAGCAUGUACUGUCCUUAGAGCAAUGGAACUGUCUUGUAUGAAAAUGCAAUGCCUCUUUUUUAGCAUGUGUGCAGAAAUGCAGAACUUUAAACCCACUAGUACCAAUGUGAUAUGUAUGAAAUUAACUCCCUUAACUGCAUUGGAAAUUGUCAAGAAUGUACUGUAUUGCCUUUUACAUGUCAAUGAUUUUCAAAGCUAUAAACUGCUGUGCUAUAUAGUACAUUUAUUUGUAGUCCUUUAGCAGACGCUCUUAUCCAGAGUGACUUAAAGUAGUGAGUGCAUACAUUUUCAUACUAGUCCCCCGAGGGAAUUGAACCCACAACCCUGGCGUUGUAAGCGCCAUGCUAUACCAACUGAGCCAAACGGGACCCUAUAUAUACAGUUGAAGUCAGAAGUUUACAUACACUUAGGUUGGAGUCAUUAAAACUCGUUUUUCAACCACUCCACAAAUUUCUUGUUAACAAACUAGAGUUUUGGCAAGUCGGUUAGGACAUCUACUUUGUGCAUGACACAAGUACGUUUUCCAAGAAUUGUUUACAGACAGAUUAUUUCACUUAUAAUUCACUGUAUCACAAUUUCAUUGGGUCAGUUUACAUACACUAAGUUGACUGUGCCUUUAAACAGCUUGGAAAAUUCCAGAAAGUGAUGCCAUGGCUUUAGAAGCUUCUGAUAGGCUAAUUGACAUCAUUUGAGUCAAUUAGAGGGGCACCUGUGGAUGUAUUUCAAGGCCUACCUUCAAACUCAGUGCCUCUUUGCUUGACAUCAUGGGAAAAUCAAAAGAAAUCAGCCAAGACCUUAGAAAAAAAAUUGUAGACCUCCACAAGUCUGGUUCAUCCUUGGGAGCAAUUUCCAAAUGCCUGAAGGUACCACGUUCAUCUGUACAAACAAUAGUAUGCAAGUAUAAACACCAUGGGACCACACAGCCGUCAUACCGCUCAGGAAGGAGACGUGUUCUGUCUCCUAGAGAUUAACGUACUUUGGUGCGAAAAGUGCAAAUCAAUCCCAGAACAACAGCAAAGGACCUUGUGAAGAUGCUGGAGGAAACCGGUACAAAAGUAUCUAUAUCCACAGUAAAACGAGUCCUAUAUCGACAUAACCUGAAAGGCCGCUCAGCAAGGAAGAAGCCACUGCUCCAAAACCGCCAUAAAAAAGCCAGACUACAGUUUGCAACUGCACAUGGGGACAAAGAUCGUACUUUUUGGAGAAAUGUCCUCUGGUCUGAUGAAACAAAAAUAGAACUGUUUGGCCAUAAUGACCAUCGUUAUGUUUGGAAGAAAAAGGGGGAUGCUUGCAAGCCGAAGAACACCAUCCCAACCGUGAAGCACAGGGGUGGCAGCAUCAUGCUGUGGGUGUGCUUUGCUGCAGGAGGGACUGGUGCACUUCACAAAAUAGAUGGCAUCAUGAGGAAGGAAUAUUAUGUGGAUAUAUUGAAGCAACAUCUCAAGACAUCAGUCCGGAAGUUAAAGCUUGGUCGCAAAUGGGUCUUCCAAAUGGACAAUGACCCCAACAAAGUCAAGGUAUUGGAGUGGCCAUCAUUAAGCCCUGACCUCAAUUCUAUAGAAAAUGUGUAGGCAGAACUGAAAAAGCGUGUGCGAGCAAGGAGGCCUACAAACCUGACUCAGUUACACCAGCUCUGUCAGGAGGAAUGGGCCAAAAUACACCCAACUUAUUGUGGGACGCUUGUGGAAGGCUACCCAAAACGUUUGACCCAAGUUAAACAAUUUAAAGGCAAUGCUACCAAAUACUAAUUGAGUGUAUGUAAUCUUUUGACCCACUGGGAAUGUGAUGAAAGAAAUAAAAGCUGAAAUAAAUCAUUCUCUCUACUAUUAUUCUGACAUUUCACAUUCUUAAAAUAAAGUGGUGAUCCUAACUGACCUAAGACAGGGAAUUUUUACUAGGAUUAAUUGUCAGGAAUUAUGAAAAACUGAGUUUAAAUGUAUUUGGCUAAGGUGUAUGUAAACUUCCGACUUCAACUGUAUAUACUGAGUGUACAAAACAUUAGGAACACCUGCUCUUUCCAUGACAGACUGACCUGGUGAAUCCAGGUGAAAGCUAUGAUCCCUUAUUGAUGUCACUUGUUAAUUCCACUUCACUCAGUGUAGAUGAAGGGGAGGAGACAGGUUAAAGAAGGAUUUUUAAGCCUUUAGACAAUUGAGACAUGGAUUGUGUAUGUGUGCCAUUCAGAGGGUGAAUGGGCAAGACAAGAUUUAAGUGCCUUGGAACAGGGUAUGGUAGUAGGUGCCAGGCUUGAGUUUGAGUGUGUCAAGAACUGCAACGCUGCUGGGUUUUUCACGCUCAACAGUUUCCCGUGUGUAUCAAGAAUGGUCCACCACCCAAAAGACAUCCAUCCAACUUGACCCAACUGUGGGAAGCAUUGGAGUCAUCAUGGGCCAGCAUCUCUAUGGAACACUUUCGACACCUUGUAGAGUCCAUACCCCGGCGAAUUGAGGCUGUUCUGAGGGCAAAAGGGGGUGCAACUCAAUAUUAGGAAGGUGUUCUUAAUGUUUUGUACACUCAGUGUACAUUUUGAUGAAUAGCGCUUUGUAAUAGAUUAUUCCAUGUUUCUCUGAUCUUAAGCAUACAUGAUACAUCCUAUAAAUGAAACAAUUGUAAACUGUUGAUCAUGUCACGUCACAACAGGAAGCACUACAACCAAACCAUACGUGUUGUAGAAGCAGACAGCCCAUGACAUCAUCUCUCUGCUCUUUGACCUCUCUCUUCUUUCCAGUGUGAAAUGCACUGUGCUGAUUGGCUACACCUCUCUCUUUUUUUUUUUUCCAGCGUGCAAUGUGCUGUACAUUAACUCGGUGGACAUGGAGUCUCUGACGGGACCUCAGGCCAUCGCCAAGGCGAUCUCGGAGACGAUGGCCGCCGCGUCUCCGCCCACCGCCACCGUCGUGCACUUCAAGGUGUCGCCCCAAGGCAUCACCCUGACGGACAACCAGAGGAAGUGAGUAGGACAAACAGGCAUUUAUAAAGUAUUACUACAAGACCAGUGGUGUAGUGGAGGGGAAAUGCAAGUAAAUGCAGUUUACCCACCUUUUUUUACGGAACAGUUUACCCACCUUAUUUUGCGGGACAGUUUACCCACUUUUUGCGGAAAAAUGCAUUAGAAGUAUAGGUAGCAUUACUUUUUUCACCACGACCCGGCGAUCAGAGUUUACCAACCUAUUUUUUUACCACUACAUCACUGUACAAGACUGUAUAUUGCAUUUUUAAAACUGCUCAACAAUAUUUGUACCAUAAUAACAAUAUUUGCAAGUGACUUCCAGGUACGGCUCACUCUGACCGAGGGCAUUAUUCAAUCCAACUUGCGUUGCUGUAGUGUAGUGUGCUAAACCCUGUUUUUACCCUACAGGCUUUUCUUCCGGCGCCACUACCCUGUCAACACCGUCACAUUUUGUGAUGUCGACCCUCAGGAGAGAAAGUGAGUGUCCACACUGAGCUACAACACACACCCACACACACACAUACACACAUACACACACGCACACACACACACACACACACAUACACACACACACACACACACACACACACACACACACACACACACACACACACACACACACACACACACCACACACACACACACACACACACACACAUUGCUGUUUGAAAUGAAUGACCUCAUAAUAUUAUAUGUCAUGAAUAUAUCAUACAUAAUGUUACAUGAUAUCAUAGUGUUUAUUUAACCCUCUACAGGUGGAACAAACCUGAUGGGGGCACAGCCAAGUAAGUAUACAGUACACCUGAGUAACAUACACCUAGUCCUAGUGUGUUUCUGUCUGUACUGUUUAUAGAUAGCCCAACUUUACUUUGACUGAGAGUUGCAGAGCAACGUUUGCCACUGAAGAAAGUGAAGCAACCUAGCGAACCGGUGGAAGCGCUUGAUACUUUCAGCAACUGGUCCAAGGAUGGUUUUGAUGUUAAGCACCUAAUGGCACCGGUUAGAACUAGGGGUAGUUAGAUCUGAUUCCAAAUCAGUUGUUGAACUUGACCACAAUGGUUCUUUGGAGGGAAACUAGUCACUCAGGCAGACUUACCAUCAGUUCCUGACCUGCCCCUAAUACAUUGGCCCAUGUGAUUUCAAUUAGUGCUCUCCUCCAUCCUAAAUCAAAUAAAAGGUGAUAUUUAGGAGUUCAGACAUUAAACCAGCGGAAAGAAGAAGGGAUGAAAGCUCCCCACCAAUGAUUCAGAGAGGAGGAAUAGAUGGAUGGAGAGAUGACUGGGCUGAGGAUAAAAGAGAGCCCCUUUAGCCAACAAAGCACAGUGUUGGCAGUCACGAGUUUAGAAUUUAUAGCAUGUCCUGGUUUGGGGUUUUAAACUCAGGGAUCAUAGUACCUAUGAAUUUACUGUUAUGAGACUUAGGGACUCAAUUGUAUAAACUCAUAUGGUCUAAAAGGCAGUAGAGUAAGUCAAGUAGACAAAAUAUCAUUAUCAUUACUGGAAGAUAUUUAUCAUUACAGCCAGGGCAAAAAUUUUUAUAAAAAGGUCCAACCAAGUGGCAGGUGAAUUUCUUCCCCAAAGUUAGUUUCAGGCCCUGGUUACAGCAUAAAGACAGGGUUCUAUUCAAUCCGUAUCCCUAAUGUUCAGCUCUAUAGCGUGAUUGAAAUCUAAAGGCGAUAUUCACCUGUUCGCGGAGACUGCAUUCUCGGUAAACGCUGCAUAUGUCGGCUCAAUCAGAAAUGUAGCCGAACUUCGCCGAAUUUGGAUUGAAUUUGACCCUAAGUAAUCCCAAAUGGUAACAGUGGCAUGGAGCGUCCCCUAGAGACUAACCAUGGAACUAUAGAGAUGGAAAACAAACAAUUUAGCAAAACAAUAUCUCUUAAUGGUUACAGUAAAGCAUGAAUGAUAAUGGAUGUGUUUGAGUGAACCAGCUCAAGUGAUGAGUAACCUUGCCUAAGGCCUGAGGUAAUAGGCUUUAGCUCAGCAGGCUAAAAUAGUCUUGUAGCAUGAAGACAACCAAGGUUCAAACCCAUUUGGUCACACACUCACACACACACACUUUUCAUCUAUGAUUCAUAUGAUUUCCUACAGAUUAGUCCCCUUUGACUGGUUAGAACAAGCCGAUAAAAGACAUUGACAGCUUCCCUUCCCUUUUCCAGGUUCUUUGGGUUCGUGGCUCGGAAGCAAGGAAGCACAACUGACAACGUCAGUCACCUCUUUGCCGAGAUGGACCCCGAUCAACCCGCCAGCGCCAUCGUCAACUUUGUCUCCAAGGUGAUGAUCGGCUCACAGAAACGAUGAGCUGACCUUUUGGUGACCACUGGCUUUUUUUUCGUUUUUUUGUUGUUAUUUUUAACUACGGAGGAAAUAUAUGUCCUAUUUUUAUUAGUUUGUGUUCUGCGUUUAAUCUUGUGUCACCUCUUUCCUUCUGAUCUUGUCUUUUACCUGUGUGUGUGUGUGUGUGUGUGUGUGUGUGUGUGUGUGUGUGCGUAAUGUGCGCGUACGUGUGUGUGUUUCUUCUUGGAAGGACUCCUUCGUGGCGCUAAUUAGAGGGAUAGAGGAAGUGCAGUUUGUGGGGUGUGGCUGUGUGGGA